AUGACAACAACUAUUCCACACACAAUACAAUCACAAAUCAUUAGAGAAUGUUUGUUGGAAUGGAAUGUCUUUUCAUUGCCAACAAAUACUCAAGGAUUACAAUAUGUUUGUAAAAGAUGGUUUCAAUUGAUAUCAAAUCAACCUAGAACUAUUCACGUCACUGAAGACAACAUCCAACCUUUUCUAAACACUCUUGAAAGAAUGCAAGGUACAGGGACAAGUGACCCAAACCCACCAGCCGAUGUCAAAUCAACAAAAACCAAAGGAAAAAAAGACGUUGUUGCCAAAACCAAAGAUCAACAACAAGAAGACUGGAACCUUGCCAAGAAUGUUACUUACUUGCUCUGGGGUGUUGAUACCUAUGAUGAAAAGAAAUCAAAGGUACAGAGAAUAUGUCGUCUCUUACACAAUUGUCCAACCAUCACUCACAUCAAAACCAAUCAUGUCGGUUUGUCAUUGUUUGAAAAGAAUGAGUGUCUUCCCAAGAACCUAAUCCACUUUGCUGCUGAAGCUGACCAAGAAUCUUGCUUUGUUGGUAUCGACGGUCGUCUCACCUCUGUGUACGGUCAACUUGCCAAAUGUCCAUCUAUCGUAUCAGUUGACAUUUCAGUUUUCAGUAGUGAAGGCCGUGACCCCAGAGAAUUGGAAGAAGAAUUCACUCCAUUCCUCGCCAAAAAGAACAAAGAGGCUAGCGGUCAACUGACACACAUCAGCUAUGACAGUGAGAUUAUGGAGUUUGACCACUUCAAAACUCUGACAAAGUGCACUGACCUUGUCUCUCUUAAACUCAAUGUAUAUGGUGGAGCCAGCCCAAUCGAUCUGUCAUUGAUAGCCAAGGUACUGACCAACAAUCCCAACCUCACCAAACUGUCUCUGCGAAUGUCUGAUCGUAGUGAAGGACACAAAGCACUCUACAAGGCCAUCUUUGCACAUCCAUCGUUGCGAUCACUUCAAAUCAACUUUUAUUAUGACACUGAAGAGCAAGUACAAGAGUUAAUCGAGAUGAUCUCAACCAAGAACAAAAAGAUAACCGAUCUAGGGUUCAGAGGAUCAGAUGAUGAAUCCACAGUCACACUACUCGAAGCAUUGUCAGAGGCCGACAAUCAAGUGGUUACACAUUUGAGACUUGGUGCUUGGAAUGAAGAUAUCCGAUCAUCGUUGGUCAAAGGUAUACCUGCACUAACAAAAGUCACUUUGAAAGGACUUGAAAAAGACCCAAUCAAACCUAAACCAAAAUCUAAAUCCAAAGCCAACCCCAAAGCUAAAGUUCCCCAACUCAGAAAGACACAAAGCAAGAAGAAGCAAGUUAAAGAAGAAUCUGAAGAGGAGGAAGAGGAUGAAGAAGAUAAAAUGGGAGAAGAUGAUGGUGCAGAGGUAGGAAGUAUCAAGAAAGUAUCACAUGCAUUAGAUAAAAUCAUUACAACCUAUCAACUAAUUGCCAAUGCCAGUAGUGCUGACAAUGAUGAUGAUGAUGAUGAGACGUCAAUUAUCACGAUCAAGUAUAGCAACAAACCAAGAAUCCUCCCAAAAGAAUACGAUAUGGAAAAGCAUAGUGAAUUUGAUCAUUAA